AUUCGCGAAUGCUACUUAGUCGGGUACGAGUAACCGACCGAUAAAGUAGACUGUCGAUCGCCGACCAUCACUCAUGCAGUAGGACGGCUCACAAGGUCGGGUCGGUGGUCUAUUUUUGAAGUGAUUAGAAAAUGAAAGUGACGGGUAGAGUGCUCGUGCUCUUUGCGCUGAUCGCGGCGGCGUGUGCGGAAUUCAAACUGAUGGUUUUGCACAACAACGACAUGCAUGGGAGGUUCGAGGAGACCGAGAGGAAUUCCGGCACCUGCAAGGUCCAGCACAGGAACAUCAGUUGUGUCGGCGGCUUCGCGAGGACGGCGUAUGAAGUACGGAGAUACCGGAAGUUGGCUGAGGAGGGGCAGGGUCCGGAAGUGUUGUUCUUGAAUGCCGGGGAUACAUUUGUAGGGACCGUUUGGUACAGCCUCUUUACUUACAACAUCUCUGCGGAAUUUAUCAACGUACUUAAUCCUGAUGCAAUCUGCCUGGGCAAUCACGAAUUCGACAAUGGCGUAGCAGGCCUCGCACCAUUCGUAGAAGCCGUUACCAGCCCCAUAGUAGCGGCCAAUAUGGACUUCAGCAACGAGCCAUCCUUGCAGAAAGUCCAAAGCUCCGUUGUCAUCAGCAAAGGGGGAGUGGAUAUCGGCAUCAUAGGCCACCUCACUCAGGAAACCAAGAAAAUCUCCAUUCCCGGCAAAAAUGUGAUAUUCAAAGACGAAGUGGAGUCGGUGAAGAAUGAAAGCGAAAGGCUUGAUAAGCUGGGAGUGAAGAUUAUAAUAGUUUUGGGGCAUUCCGGGUACCUUAUGGACCAGAGGAUAGCCGCUGAGGUGCCUUUGGUGGACGUGGUUGUUGGCGGACACACCAACACCUUCUUGUGGAACGGGCAACAGCCUGACACCGAGACUAUUGAAGAUUUGUAUCCCAAAGUUGUGACGCAAGAGUCAGGAAAGAAGGUGCCGGUCGUGCAGGCAUACGCUUAUACCAAAUACUUAGGAAGGCUUAACCUCACUUUUGACGACAACGGCGAUUUGACUUAUUUUGCCGGACAGCCAGAGCUCCUAGACAGUUCUGUACCUCAGGAAGAAGACGUUUUACAACUUCUAGAAAAGUACAGACCACAAAUAGACGCGCUCAACUCUGAAGUAGUGGGCAAGUCCAAAGUCAUCCUGGACGGUGACUCCAUCAGGUGUAGGCACGAGGAAUGCAACUUUGGCAACCUCAUCGCUGACGCUUUCGUCAUGUACAAAGCCUCAGUUUCGCCCGAGACUUGGACCUCCGCUCCCAUAGGCUUGUACAACGGUGGUGGAAUAAGAACUACCAUAGAACCGUUGGAUACGGGUGAAAUCACUAGAGGGGAACUCCUAGCAGCUGUGCCGUUUGGCAGUACGCUGCUCACAGUAACCCUGAACGGUUCUGACCUCAUCAAAACUUUAGAGAUUGGAGCCAGGAGUAACGGGGAGACUUCCGCGGGGGAAUUUCUGCAAGUCUCCGGACUGAAAGUGGUCUACAACAUGUCUCAGCCGGCAUUGUCCAGGGUGGUAUCCGUGAAAGCAAGGUGUGGGGUCUGUACUAUUCCUACCUACGAGGAAGUGGACCCCAGCGCAAAUUACACCAUAAUCACCACCAGCUUUUUGGCCAUGGAUGGUGGGGAUGGCCACUACGUACUUACUGAGCAUAGUUUCAAUAGGGUGAAUGAGGAUUUGAAUGACGUCGACACUGUGGCUUGGUACAUCUCACAGUACAGUCCUGUGUAUCCUGAGGUGCAAGGAAGGAUAGGAUUUGUUGUUGGUAGUGGUAGCGACAGUGGUGAUGACGGAAGUCCAGGUUUUGCUCCCAGGACAAGGCCCAGCGGAUAUAUUGUUUACGUCUUGCUGAUAAUCGGACUUUACAAUUAUUUAUUGUAAUUGCUGUAGGUAUUUUAAAUAAAUGAUAGAUAUAUUUUGUUAUAA